GGUAAGUUUUCCAAAGGUUUGGAGAAGGCGUUACUAAUAGCAACCUGACUUCAAACAGAACUGCCAGCGUUUCUCUAUAGCUGCGUGUGACGUCACACAGAGAGCAACCCGGAGCAGCAAGCGCAGCCGUUUGAAGACGUCAUAAAAAGAAUGUGGGUUGCUAGGAGACACAGCGAAACGGUUUGUUUACAACUUCGAAACCACAUUUCUAUUAACCGGUAAUUCUUCCAAUAUCAGAAAAAAGCCCUCUAUCCCUCCCUCCCUCUCUCUCUCUCUCUCUCUCUCUGAUGGCACUGGGUUUAUUCGUGACCCCGCGGCGGUUUCUGAUCUCUAGCUGGGCCCCACAGUUCCAUGAGGAUCCUGAGCACCAUGCCCUGAGUGCCACGCCCUCUGUCCCCCCCUCCCUGGAGCCACGGUCAGAGGGUGGGCUGAAAAUACGAGACGUCCUUGACUGUGGCUGUGAUGUCAUGACCUGCUGCUUCAAUGACGAAGGCACCCUAUUGGCUGUCGGGCUGACCAAUGGAACCAUCCAGGUGUACCAGCCUGCAGACGGUACCUUCCUGUACCAGCUGAACAGCUCCGAGACUCUCCAGAGCAGCCUGCCAGUCACCAGCCUGAGAUUCCAGCACCGGGACAACAGAGAGAGGCACUGCCUGCUGCUAGCUACAUAUGCCAGUGGGUGUGUGCGGGUGUGGCACAACCCACACAAACCCACACCGGUACACACGACCACCUGCCUCGGACACGACAGGACCCUCUUCUCCCCGCCCCCUCUCACGGUCCCCACACCUUCCGCUGGGAGAGUGAAGAGGGGGAGAGACUCUGCCCCUCCGUCCAAAAAUAGUGUCGCCACAGCGGUGACGGUCGAAGUGGCUUCACACUGUGGACACAGGUAA